GGAGCAACCCUUCUGGCAGGCCUGGACCUGCUCACACCUGACGUUUACCUGGACGGAGGGGGGAGGUGGGAGGGGCAGGAAGCGGUUGGUGCGGACGGGAAAGGCGCCUGCGUGGGAGCCCGGCCCCUCGAGACCCGCGCGGCGUGGAAAGCCGCUCUGCGUCGCCCUACCCCGGAGCGCCGGAGCUCGCAGCCCCCGAGACCGGCCCACGGGCCCUGCGCCCGGCCCCCCUGUCACUCAUACGCCUUCCAGCCAAUGUCGCAGCAGCUGCCUGGUCCCCAGCAGUGCAGCCCCGGCGCGGAGCAGGGAGCCUCGGCCCGCGCCCGACGCCCUCCUCCACGACCUGCAGCCAUGGUGCUCGGGGUGCCCAGCGCUGUCCUGACCCUCUGCCUCUGGCUGGCGGCCUCCAGGGGCUGCCUGGCGGCCGGCCCCGGCGCGGUUGCUGCGCGACGGCUGGACGAGUCGCUGUCUGCCGGGAGCGUCCAGCGCGCCCGCUGCGCCUCCAGGUGCCUGAGCCUGCAGAUCACUCGCAUCUCCGCCUUCUUCCAGCACUUCCAGAACAAUGGUUCCCUGGUUUGGUGCCAGAAUCACAAGCAAUGUUCUAAG